AUGACCCCCCACAAGCGUCGUACCAUUUUUUGUGGACUCCAAUGGGGCACGACUGGAUCGUGUCGUGGGAACUCCCGGAACGGAGUGGCUCGAGAAUCGCUGACGAUGGAUUGCCUGAAGAGCUGCUUGGACGGCCUGCAGCGAUAUGUUUGGAGCAGCACUUUGAAGGAUUCCACCUGGACCUCAAAAGAAUAUGAGGAGUACGAGCUGGAGUUCAAAAGUUAUAUGCAGCAAAACCUUCAGACUCUGAGCCCAGCGGAAGACUUUGCCACGGAACACCGGGACGACCCUGAAGAGCUUCAACGGAAGCUCCAAGACUUGCUGGAAUUGUGCAAAGAAGCAAACUACAUCGUAGUCUUUACUGGUGCAGGCAUUAGUACUUCGAUUGGCUUGCCAGACUAUCGAGGUCCUCAAGGAGUCUGGACUCGAAAACUCAAAGGCGAGCUGGUGAGUGACGAUUUGGGACUGGAGCGAUCCGCUCAGUUGCAGCCAAGCCGCUCACAUUGGGCGAUCUCACGCUUGCAUCAGAAUGGCUUCAUCAAGUUUGUGUCAUCAACAAAUGUCGAUGGGCUGCACUUGAAAUCGGGGCUCCCGAAAGCCUGUCUUGCAGAACUUCACGGGAACAGCUAUGUGGAAGAAUGCGAGAGCUGCUUGAAGCCCUUCCACCGAAGCUUCGUAACGCGGACGGCCACAGGCCUAUUUGAUCACCGCACUGGUAGGUACUGUGAGCUAUGCGGUGGGCCCCUGCGGGAUAUCAUCGUGAACUUUGGAAACACCUUCGAGCAUGUCCCGUCCAUGGAGGCUCAACAUGAUGCAGCGUGGCUUCACUGUUUGAAGGCUGACCUGGUUUUAGUUCUGGGUAGCAGCUUAAGCAUAUUGACAGCCUGCGAUUUGCCAGAGGAAUGUUUGGAAGCACGUGACGGAAAGCCUGAUGGUGGCAAAAUGGUGAUUGUGAAUUUGCAGCGGACACCGAAAGAUCCUUUGGCAUCUUUGAGGAUUUUUGCUCCUUGCGAUGAAGUGAUGGCAUUCCUUGAGGAGGCACUUUUGGGGACCGAGCGGUAA